AAGGAGCGCUAUUUGAAAGCUGCUCGACUCUCUGUUGUUUAUCUGAAUGUUUAGUGUUCAAGGCUCUUAUGGGUAAAGAGUGCUGGUUGGUGCUAAAGUAAGUCACUCUGUCGUUUCUUUGAGUCAUUGUUUCACCUUGCUGCUGUCGACGUGAAACAUGUCGUCUGUGGCCGUUCGUGCUGUGCAGCUCCCACCCACAGAGAACCCAGGGAAGAUGGGUAAAACCACAACAGCUGUGAGGAGAGCUGCUCUUGGAGAGAGAACCAACUUUCCAGGAGCAGCAGUCAACACAAAGAGGACUGGACCAGCCAAAGCAUCAGCCAAACCAUCUUGUGACCUAAAAGUAAAUGCCAGUGCGGUGGUGCCUCCAGUAGUCCAGGUCCAAGCACCUGCAGAUCCUCUCCCUUCAGUUUCAGAGGAGUCAGCUGAUGCCUCCAUGGAGGAGGAACUCUGCCAGGCUUUCUCUGAGGCGCUGCUCACUGUGCAGGAUGUCGACGAGCAGGACGCAGACCUGCCACAGCUCUGCUCCGAAUAUGUCAAAGACAUCUAUAAUUAUCUGCUAGACCUGGAGGUGCAGCAGGCUAUACGCCCAAACUACAUGGAGGGUUAUGAAAUCAGUGAACGCAUGCGAGCUCUUCUGAUCGACUGGCUGGUCCAAGUGCACGCCAGGUUCCAGCUGCUGCCGGAGACUCUGUACCUCACAGUUGCCAUCCUGGACCGUUUUCUGCAGGUCCAGCCAGUCUCUCGCAGAAAGCUGCAGCUUGUUGGUGUCACUGCCAUGCUGGUGGCCUGUAAAUAUGAGGAGAUGUACGCUCCAGAAGUCGGCGACUUUGCCUACAUCACAGACAAUGCAUUUUCAAAGUCUGAGAUUAUGAAGAUGGAGCAGCUGGUUUUGAAGAGCCUUAAUUUUCAGCUGGGACGUCCUCUUCCAUUACACUUCCUCAGGCGGGCUUCAAAGGUGGCUAAUUGUGAUGUAGAGAGACACACGCUGGCCAAGUAUCUGAUGGAGCUGACCCUCCUCGACUAUGACAUGGUGCACUACCGGCCCUCUGAGAUUGCUGCUGCUUCCCUGUGUCUCUCCCAGCUGCUGCUUAACGGGCUGCCGUGGUCGGCUACACAGCAGCACUACUCUACUUAUGAUGAGGCCCACCUGAAGCCAGUCAUGCAGCACAUUGCCAAAAAUGUUGUGACUUUAAAUGAGGGGAAAACAAAGUUCCAGGCUGUGAAGACCAAGUACUCCAGCAGUAAGCUGAUGAAGAUCAGCCUCAUUCCUCAGCUGAAGUCGUCAACCAUCAAGAGCAUGGCAGCUCCUCUGCUCGGCAGUCACUGAUGGGAACUUUUACAUUUUAUAAGUGGACAUUUCACUUGCACUUUAGUUUUUCUGUAUUUUAAUAAAAUGUUUUAUAACUUUA